GUUGAUGACGUCGUCUUCUACUUGUACUUCUACUUCUGCUCCACAACACCUGGAGCCCACAACACCGGGGACGUCUGUGGAAGCGUCCGGCUCUUAGUCCUGCAGAGAAAAGGGGGUCGAUGGAUAAACUGAAGCGGGUUCUGAGCGGCCAGGAUGACGGGGACGGGUCCGGAGUUCUGGAGAGAGCCAAUGAGGCGUCUACGCUGUCGUGUGGGACGAGGAUGAAGUGUUUUGCCUUCUCCUUUAUUUUGGGCGUCCUCUGCUCCGUCCUGGGUUCCUGUUUGUUGUUCAUCCCGUCCCUGGGCCUCGCUUUGUUCGCUGUCUUCUACAGUGUGGGAAACAUCCUCGCUCUAGCCAGCACCAUGUUCCUGGUCGGUCCAUGGCGCCAGGUGAGGACCAUGUGUGCUAAGGAGCGAGCGCUAGCUACCAUCAUCAUGUUGGUGUGUCUGCUGCUGACGCUGUGCGCUGCUUUCUGGUGGCGGAACAACACCCUCGCUCUGGUGUUCUGUGUCCUACAGUUCCUGGCCUUCACCUGGUACGGCCUCUCAUACAUCCCCUUCGCCAGGGACGCCGUCUUCAAAUUAUGCUCACUCUGCUUCUAGACCACCUCCCCCCCUCCUCCCCCUCCUCCCCCCUCCUCCCUCCCCUCUGUGACUCGCCUCCUGUCUGACCAAUCAGGAUGCAGGACACUGAGUGGUGUGUAUCCAGUCAUCACCUGGACUGUUACCACGUUUUAUCUGUUUUGUUUUGAGUGUAGCUUCUCUUUUUACGUCAUCUUUUAUAUUCAUGUGCUUAUUUUACACUCGUUAGCAUUAGCAUUAGCUGUACAUACACCUUCACUGAUGGAUUUCUGACUUUGUGCAAUGCAGUUGUACGUCUGUUUUUUAUUAGUCAUUUCUGUCACUAUAUUUCAACAUUGGUCAACAAACAUUUCGGUUAAGGCAAUGAUGGUAUUUGGCUAACGAUGCUAAUGUUUGUCUUUUUUCCACUACAUUUCAACGAUGGUCUGAAAACAUUCAUCAACUUUAUAUCAACUUCCUAAAAUGACUGAAACCAUCCUUGAAAUAAAUACUUAACAUGUAUUUUAGUGUUUUAGUUUGCCCCAAGUCCCGCCCACUAAUGUGGAAGGGGCGGAGCCUAUGACCUAUACCACAGCCAGCCACCAAGGGGAGCUGUUCCAUCAUCCAUCUUUAUUUAUGAUCUAUGUUCAGCCACCAGGGGGCGAUCAAAUCCUUAAUCUGAUCUCAGGACAUGAAAAAAGUGUUUGUUCAGAAUCGGUCCCAACUUUUUAGGUCAUUUUGUCACGUUUCCUCAAAUAAAAAGAUAUUUUAUCGUA